UAUUUAAACUGCCCAACUAACAAGUACAGUACAUAUUCAACGACACCACCGAGUAAUUAUCAGCGAGCCAAAGCCACAAACAAAAACAACAAACAACCGCCCAACAGCUUAAUUUAUAUAAGCAUAUAAAUAUAUAUAUAAAGCUAAAAACAUAUAUAUCCUAGAUGGAUCUAAAACAUAGCGCCAGCGGCGCAGCUGAGAACGCCGAUUCAUAUAUAGCCAGCAGCAAAUCCACAGAUAUGAUCACGCCCAAGGAGAAGGAGAGCAAAGCCAGUAACAAAGCGCCAGCUGAACCAGCCGAAGGUUACAAAGUCUAUGCCAGACGCUGGGCGGUGCUUAUUCUCUUUGUGUUCUAUUCAGCCUCGAAUGCCAUGCAGUGGAUACAAUAUACCAUUAUCAACAAUAUAAUAACACGCUACUAUGGCAUUAGUGAUAAAUGGGUGGAUUGGACGUCCAUGAUCUAUAUGAUACUGUAUAUACCGCUCAUAUUUCCAGGCAGUUGGUUUCUGGACAAAGUGGGUCUGCGCAUAACGGCACUCGUUGGCAUCGUUGGCACCUGCAUAGGCGCCUGGAUCAAAGUCUUCUCGGUGGAUCCAUCGCUAUUCUACGUUAGCUUCAUAGGACAGGCAAUAGUGGCGCUUGCACAGGUGUGCAUUUUGUCGCUGCCUGCGCGUUUGGCUGCCGUUUGGUUUGGGCCCGAUCAAGUUUCAUCUGCCACCAGCGUUGGCGUCUUCGGCAAUCAGCUGGGCGUGGCAAUUGGUUUUGUGCUGCCCCCAAUGCUGGUACCAAACUCCGAGGACAUUAACCAGGUGGGCUCCGAUUUGCAACUGAUGUUCUACCUAGUGGCCGGGCUAACUAGCAUAUUGCUAAUACUCAUGGCCAUAUUCUUUCAGGAUAAGCCGCCAACGCCGCCGUCGGCCGCUCAGGAGGCAGCGAAUCGUCUGGAGGGCUUGGGCGAGCAGCAGGUCAGCUUUGGGCAAUCGCUGAAGAAUCUGCUGACCAAUCGGAAUUUCAUAUUUCUGCUGCUCUCCUAUGGCAUCAAUGUGGGCGUCUUCUAUGCCAUCUCAACGCUGCUCAAUCCGGUGGUGCUCAAGUAUUAUCCAGGUCAUGAGGUCGAUACGGGUCGUAUAGGCCUGAGCAUUGUGCUGGCUGGCAUGCUGGGCUCCGUGGUCUCAGGCAUUGUGCUCGACAAGACGCACAAGUUCAAGGAGACAACGCUGGCCGUGUACGCUCUCUCCAUGGUUGGCAUGUGGAUAUUCACAUUCACGCUCGAUACAGGACACAUUGCUGUGGUCUAUUUGACAGCCUCGCUGCUAGGCUUUUUCAUGACCGGCUACCUGCCCGUGGGCUUUGAAUUUGGCGCUGAGCUAACGUUUCCCGAACCGGAGGGCACAUCGUCCGGCCUGCUGAAUGCCUCGGCUCAAACCUUUGGCAUUUUUUUUACGCUCUUCUACUCGGAGCUCUUCUACUCGUAUGGCGAUGUGCCAGCCAAUGUGGCCAUGGCCGUUAUGCUAAUAGUAGGCACUCUUAUAACGGCGGCCACCAAAUCCGAUUUGCGGCGACAGAAUGCACAAGUGGUGCUGCCCACAGCUGUUGCAGCAGCGGCUAAUCCGUAAACUAAAACACAAAUACAAACACACAUACACACCUAUACACCAAUACACCUAUACACCUACACAUCUAUACAUUCGAGUCGCUCUUUAAGCAUUUGUUUUAUAGUAUUUUAAUUUGUUGUUAACUUAUAUUUCUGUUGUAGCCUUAAGUAUAUCAAAGUGUUGAAUUGUUUUUUAAUAUAACACACAAA